AUGACGAGUACUAGUCAGAACGAGACUACGGAAGAGACUGGAAGUGCACAGCACACGAAACAAGAACAAGAUCAAAUCGAUUACUGGCUGGCAUCAUGCAGCCUGUUGUCACCGAAUACAACAAUUGAUGUGGCGAAUCUAAAGAGUGGAGAUUUCACCGGACCAUGGCAAGAGCUAGGGAAGGAUACUGCAUACUUCGACCCAGCCGAUGAUAGUGGCGAGGACGGAGUCAGUUCCCAGGAGACUCAACUAGACUUUGAGAUGAAUGGUAUCAUUAGAUAG